AUGGCCAUGCAAUUGAAACACAUUGCUAAAGUAUUCGUGCAGCUCAGUCCACUGUCCGGUGAGGCCAGAUCGGCCAGAGAGUUCCUGGCUCGUGCCACCUCCCGCAAAGCACUGGAGUCCAACCCAGCCUGCGAGGUAUCACAAGCAAUCAGAUUAAAUGGGGAGAACUUCGUCGAGGUGACGUACGCCAGCAAGCAGGUGGUGCGAAUCUCAACCAAGGACCUCAAGAUAGACGACAUCAUGAGCCGCAUCAACGGCGUCGCCGAGGAUAUGGACAUGCAAGAGAGGCUCAAGGCAGCAGGCUUGGACGGUCAGAAAGUCAUCAGCACUUGGAACUCUGGUGGAAACCGCGAGCGCGACAUGGGAACAGUUUCGUUCCAGCCGCGUCAGGCCUGA